AUGUACGUUGCAUCUUACGCAGGAGAGCAACGAGCAGCGCCGUUCCAUCGUGACAGAGAAUACUUCUCGGCAGAAGGCGUGAGUUCGUUGGCCCGCCGCAGUCUCUUCCAACUUGCUGCGGGGGCAGUGCCCUUUACUGAGGUGGCAUCGUCCAGCGCCGGCGCGACGGCGAAGGAGACACCUGCACGUUUCACACACGAAGGAACAAGCUUCGAGGAUAUGCUGAUGCGGGUGGCAGCCGCCGAGCGCCAGAAAGAACGGAUGCCUCGGCACUUUGGGCAGUAUCCGAACCCGGAGUGGCUGCCUCCCCAUCUUGAGGCAUGCCACAGACCCAGGGGUAUGUUCGUAGCACGGCUUCGACCUGGAAAAGCAGGGUGUGGUGCUGACAUCGCGACGGACGGAGCCUUCGCAAUGCACUCCCAGCACCCGCUGCUUCAGACACUUGGGUUUGCCCAGAAUACAACGCAGCACUUGGUGUACUGGGCUGAACGAAAGAUAGUCUUUUGGGGAGCGAGUGCAGCAGAAGCUUGGAGCAUCUGCCGCGACACCAUGUUCUUUUCCAGGAAUGGCAUGCUCCCGGCUUCCCGCCAUGGCCCCGGACCAAACAGAUGGAACAGGCGGGCGUGGCCAAGCUAUGCACAGCAUCGCAAGUUAAAGUUGAAGGGGCUGUGCGCGGGCAAAGUCUCCUUUGCCAUCAUGCUGUGGCAGGCGAGGUACAAGCAGGGCAGCCACGUGCCCGCAGCUCCAGAUUCAAAGGAUCAUGAUUAUGUGGGAGGUUCAGCUCCCAGUGACUCACUUGCCCAGUGCAUCAGCCACCGCAUUGUGGUUGGGAGGAUUCAAGAUGUUCAGAGGGUCGUCAGAGCAAACAUCCGGGAGUUCGUUACAAGCCCAGCUCUGUGGCUCCGCGUGCCAAACCCUUUCGACGUCGGCAUUGAUGCUCGUACUUGGAAGCACUACAUGGAUUGCGUGGAAUUUGAGUCCGGUAAGAUCACCCCCGAUGAUGACAUCGACGCACAAAGACAUCGAGACCUAAAGCGGCCAGAUCAGCAUUCUCUUUCCGAUCUGGAGCGGGCCAUAAAGCGUUUGGACGCUUGGACGAGGGUUAUGCUUCGCCUGAUUGAGCACGGGGAGAUGGUGGACAUAACUCUUAUCCUGUCACCAGUUGACCCUCUCAUCUCCAAGAGGGCUUGGGAGAGGCACUUGUGGAGCGUGCGCUGCAGGUUGGCAGUUCUGAGCGGGCCUGUUGUUCCAACACCGCAGCAAGAGCCUCCUCCCCAUGAUUAUUCGGGUGGGAAGACAGUGGAUGCGGCUGCUGCAGAUCUUACCAGCUUCGUGAGGGAUCUUCACUUCGAUGACACAACGCAUGAUACAGCUUUCAUGUUCGAUGUGGAGCUUGAUGACGAUGCUUUCCUGCAUCAGCCCCUUCCUUUGCGCCCCCUUCCACCAGAUCCAGACAGCCAGGAUGGCUUCAUCAGGCGGCCAAGGGCAAUCUUGGAGGAGCCCGAACAGGUUCAGCAAAUAACUCUCGCCGGAGAUGAUUCUGAUAGUGAAGAAGGCGUCUGGUAUCCAUCUUUCGAUUUGUCGGAUGGUGGUUACAACGAUGUUGUAUUGAAUGCAGUGCAGCCUCAGGACGGACAGAAGCCCAGCACCGACUACGAAGGAGGAGGCUUGCUGGAUGAACUGCUGGUUGAUCUGCCAGGUUUUUACUUCUCCUUCGACUACCUCAGAAAGUUAGCAUGCACCUGUACGAAGAUGUUGCGUGCCGUUCAAGAUCGUCGGCACUGGCGGGGCAGAAGAGUUUCAGUGAACACGGAGGAGUUUCAAGAUCCGACCAAGUUGCGCUGGAUGAUGGAGUCAUACUUGUGCGCGCACUUGGUCACGGUGAACAUUCGCCAGCUUGCCAUGUUCCAUGUCUUUCCUCGCAAUGUCAUGCUGGAGUGGACUGCGAGAGGUGUUGUUGGAGGACCUGGACCUGCAGCCUUCCGACAUAUGGCCGGCUUCGAGUCAUCUGGCCCACUCAUGGGCGCUGCCGUAUUCGAUGUUGUGCUGCCUUGCAAUGUCGUAGGCAUGUACAUUGGUGUACGUGACUGGUGUGAUUUGAACAGACGCAGACAGGCGUACUGCAGGCUCGACAAUGUCUUUCUGGAUAACGCCAUGGCUUCCUUUGGACUAGCUGACCUUCCGCCGCAGCCGCAUGUCAGCCGCAGACCUGUUCGCUUGCAACCCAACCGUGUUCACCGCUUCAGUGUCCGCUGGCACGCGAGGCUUUUCGAGAUCAUGUUGGACGGCGUUCACAUUGCAACAGCCAGGGCUCGGGAAGGAGCGCCGCCUGCUCCACGGGCUUUAUCCAGGCUGUUUGUCUGGGCUUUUGCUCGUCCCACUCCGGACCUCGUCAGCAUGGUUCAAUUUCGCCCAAUACGUUCACCAGUGGAAAUGACAGCUACAAUCACAUGUGUCAUCUGCAACAGAGACUUCGGGCUGGGCAUGCCUCGCUGGUGCGUGUGUCCGCGUUGCGACACAUGGGUUUGUGCGGCUCACGCUGGACAGCAGCCUGAGCGCUUCUGUUCUCGGUGUCCGAACCUUUUGCUCGACUAUGUCGGCGGAAGUUGCAGAGAUGAGAAGCCGUAUCCCAACGCAGGAGGAUCGACAACAUCCACUGCGAUGACACCAGAACAGUGGUUGCGCCUCACUUUGCACCGACAGGAGGCUCUUCGCCGACGUCGAGGCAGCAGCAAGGGAUAUGUCCAGCUUGAGUCUGAGUUCAACCGAAUUUGGCAGGCGUCCAUGAGUCCCUUGUGCUGUCCCACGUACGGGCGCGGAACCUCGCAAAUUCGACUUCCCCUACCGGCGAGAACCCCGUUGACGCUGCCUGUUUUAGAAGACUGCCCGACGAACUUUCUGGAAUUUACCAUUCCUUCUGUGGAUUGUGAUCUUCUGCGUCUGGCACAUAAACACCCAAGAGACGACUCAAUACGUUUCGUGGAGGAGACGCACACGUAUUAUUUGCGAGAGUGCAGGAUUCCAUUGUCUGUGACGGGCCUAGUGCAUAAUUUCGCGGCAGAGUUUGAUGCUGACAAGGCGAUUCAGUGCAUGAUGCAGAGCAGACGGUGGCCUCGACCAGAAUAUUCUGUCGAGCAUGGCGGCCUCCUGAUUCCAAUGAGCCCGCCCCAAAUAAAGGACCUUUGGAAAGCAAAUGCAACUGAGGCUGCUGCCAGGGGCACAUGGUUGCAUCUUCAGUUGGAGGUUCUUCUCAAUGGAGGCAAAGUCCAUGAGAACAAGGUGGAGCUGCAACUCUUUUCAACGUUUCUUCAGCAGAUGCCAAAGCUAAUUGCUUUCCGCUCUGAAUGGUGUGUCUACGGCGAGGAAGAAAAGCUGGCUGGGUGCAUAGACUUCGUGGCACAAACACCUUCGUCGGAUGUUAUCCUUUUCGACUGGAAGCGCACAAAGCAGCUACGCAGGAAGUAUGUGUCUCUGUGGUCCACCAUGAAACAACCUCUUUCUCAUCUGGACGACUGUGCCGGCAUACAUUAUCGCUUGCAAUUGAACUUGUACAAGUACCUAAUCGAGAAGUACUAUGGCUUGCGUGUUGCUGCUAUGUACGUUGUUUGCCUUCAUCCCGACAACCAGGAAGAGGGUCCUUUCAUUGAUUGCGUGCCAGACAUGCCGUCAGAGGUAGACGCGAUUCUGGAGGUUCGCCGGCUGAAGCUUGCAGGCCAGAGCUGCGAUUACAUCGGUGGAUCCUCAGGUUCAGGUCAGCUACCUCAGGCAGACGCAGCAGACGGAGAUUCUUCCCAGCUUGAUUCGGCGAUGCCAAACAUCGGUGAAGAUCCUGAAAAUGACCACCGGCCAUCUGAAGAAAUGGACGAGCAGUUGGACAGGGCCUCUCUUUCUGCCCUUACGCAAGAUUUGCAGGCUGCCAUAGAUGCGGUCGAGUGGGACGAAAGUAGCCGCACGGUGUUGUCCAAGGCCAGAAAGAGGAGUGCAUUGCCUGGCGCCGCCAGUACAAUGUCCAGAUUUGAAAGUACUUUCAACUCUCAGCUGCAACGUGCGAGGGAGUCUCUGGAGACGGCCAUUCCAUCCAACCGCAACGAAGAGAACAACAUUCUUCAGCAGACUGCUACCAUCCGGCGCAACGUGAUUGCGCAGGCCGGAGAGGUCCCAGAGGACCUACUGAGAGUAAUUGUCGCAGCGACAGUGGUCUAUCGGAUGCGGCUGAGUGAUAUGCAUGUCCGAGAGCAAGUCUUGCUGCUCUGGGUCAUAGAAGGUGAGGUUCAUAUGAGAUGUCACGGAGGCGACCUUUACUUUUACCGCGGUGGUGCCUUCACUUUGCACCGUGGCAUUCCACCGCAGGAGACCUUGGCAAGGUGCAAGCGUUACAUGUUGUAUCUUGAAGGCUUGUUUCGUCUGCUACCAGGCCCGAGCCCGAAGACAGAUGCUGAGGUCCUAAGUGCCGUGAUGAAUCUGUACGUGGAGCACAAUCGAAACUCUCGAGAGUUCUUGAGUGCAUGCGAGGAUGCUGCUCGCGUUGCCGUCGUUAGUCGUUCUCGCUCUAGCCGCCGUCUUGGGGAGGAGGAUGCAGCCCCGGAGGUGCAUGACUGUUCGCUGGCAGAUGCUAUUUCCAAGGUCGGCUUAACCAUGCAGCGGCAUCUACUUGAUGACAAGAUUUUCAGUCUAGUGGUGGAGUGGUGCGACACACCGCUAACCCGUGCGUCAGGAUGCUCGUACCAGGACUGCACAGUGCUCUACGAUUGCAGUCAGGACAGUUAUGUCAACUUUGUCAGCGACAGCCCGAAGAAUAAUAUCUACACGCACAUCCCACACCCACUACGCGAUCCAGUGCUGGAAGAAGCUUUGCAACGAACGCUUGCGUUCUACUCCGAAACCUUCUGGCUGAACAAUGAUGUCUUUCGCUGCAACCAGGCGGCCAUUGCGCUCGCCAAACGAGGUGUGGGGCAAAGCCUGUACUCCAGCCAUCUCGAUGCGGUUUACGCUUCCAACCACAAAUUCAUCGACCCAAACAUAUGGUUUGAUGAGACCGAGAUGAGGAAACAGGUCGAACAAGCUGCCGGGUGUUUUAUUCUCACGGCGCAAGAAGCGCCCGAAACGAACAGGCGCAUGAGAGAAGAUCUCUACAAGAAGACUAUGUCGGCUGACGGCAUUGCAGGCAGACGACCUUAUGGAAUUAUCACCCGCAUGAUAGAGCUUGUUGCAUGGAAGAGGUAUGAGCUGAACCGACUCAUGAGAUUUGUGGGGGUAACAGAAAAGAAUUUCGAUUCCAUCUUCAGACGAUCCUGUGUCUGGUUGCCGCAAGCUCGUUUCAUUGAGGAGACCAUCAUCAAGAACAAGUUCACCGAUGCCAAUACGGCCGGCUACUUUCGCAAAGACGAUUCCCUGAAGAAAUUCCUUUCUAGCGGACCCUGUAUUGCAGCAGCAUUGCGGUUACAGCAUGGCUUCGAAGUGCAGCACUCUCGUGAGAUGUGCAAGGAUCUGAUCGAAGCAUAUGCCAAUCAGCCGCUAACCGAGGACGCAAUGAGGGAAGCGUGCGGUCUGCCUCGCAAACAUCGGUCGGGGCCGGACGGUGAACUCACCAUUCCUGUGGAUUCUUCUAGCCAGGAGAGUAAGAAAGAUACCGACCAGCAGUUUGUCAAUGUGGCUGAAGCCAUCCGGGAGGAAUGUCUGCAAAAGGGCAAGACAAUAUUCACGAAGGGUAUGUUCAAGUACCUGAAGCUGCCGACCGAGCACCCAACUGACAUGACAAGGGAUGCUAUAUGGGAAGUCCUACUUUCGCGCAAGUUGGUAAUGGCCGCCAACCUGGACAACUCCAAGUACAAGGAUUGGCGUGAUGCCUUUCAUUCAGGUUCCGGUCAAGCUGGCCACUUUCGUGAACACAAGCCCUGGGUCGGAUGUGACACAUCGGAAGUGCAUGAUGUGGCAUCUCUAUUGAAGUAUGCCAAUGGUUGUCCUGACAGAGAAGCCAACGUUUUUCAAGUUCUUGAGUAUCUGGACAAGUCAAUAGCCAGGCUUAAGAAGCGAGGCAAGCAGUCCGCCACUGCCAUUGAGAAGAUGGCCAACCUGGAGAAGAUGAGAAAGAAGUUGGUCGCGUCCGAAAGGAUGCUAGAAAGUCUUUUGCGUGACCAGCGUGCUCAGUCACAUGAAGCUCCGGAAGGUAAAAGGAGAAGGAUAGCCUGCAAGACAUCUGCCUGUGUUGUUAAUGCAGCAAGGGUGGAGCAGACGUUUCGGUAUCGACGCAACUUCCAGGACCUCAUUCGCACCAGAGCAUAUGUGGAAGGCGAUGGUGCUCAGAAGUGCUCUCGAAGGAUUCUGCAGAUACUUUGUGCUGAUACGCAUGAUCUCGACAUCUCCAAUUCCGUCUUCGUCAUUAUGCAUCAGUUGUUCGAACGGCUGGACAUGAAGAAGGUAAUGCCAGCACAUCUUUGGGAAGUUCUGAGAAAGGUAGCUACAAAUCGAAGCGGUGUCUGCAACGAAUUGGGGCUGACUGUCAAAGAAGGCAAGGAGGUGCUUCACUCGUGCCUUUUCGGUGCCAAUACUCCUGUAAGCCUUGGCACCAACGAGUUUAUGCAAUCAUUCCAGCGGAUGGCGCUCUUCAUGCGCUGGACGGCGUGCUCGCUGCUUCCCGAUGUGUAUGAACUUGUGAGGACUAUGAAAGAAAAGCGAAAUCCUGAUGCAUCGGUGUUAUUCUAUUUGUAUGCGCUGGUGGAAGACACUGUUCUACAGGCAUGGGAAGACCAUCUGGUGCGCCAAUUUAGCCCGAAACAUAUCUCCCUGCACUUCGACGGGCUACGGAUCGACGCGUCGUGCUUAUCUGGAACACCGUUGGGAGUCCAUGGUGCAGAAACGGAAAAGGAGAUCUUGAAAAGAACAGGGUUCAAGGUGACUGUUGUCGAGAAGCAGCACAAAUACUUCAUGGAGUUAUGCAGGCAAUAUGGAGCCGCAAGGGACGAUGAGGCUUUGCACGAUGCUAAGUAUGCGUGUCUGCGAAAAGAUGGCAACUGUAUUCUUCGGGCAGUGGCCCAGCUGUUUCCAGG